AUGGUGAAGAAGAAGAACCCCACUUUCGCCACCAGUGCUGCGAGCAGCGGCGCCGCCGCCAAGACUUCUCCAAAUCUGUCGAGGAGAGGCACGCCAGAUGCUCCUCCUCCAUCUCCAGCGCCGCCAGCGCCAUCGAGCUCCACGGCUGGGCCCAACCCCGGCGAUUGGCCGGUGUCCACUACUACAAAGUGUGAUGAGAAGAAGGCUCGGAGCCUUGGAUUAAUUUCUUCUGACGAGGGGAAUGUUAUUCUUCCAGCUGCGAUUUCGCAGCCCAAUCCCCCCGCCGCUGCGGAGGAGGCCGAGGCGCUGCCUUCGAAGAGACCAUCCGGCGGCUUUGCCGAUGAAGAUGAUCUUUUCGAUCUCGACGAAGGUUUCAUCGAGCCUCUGUCCAAGAAGGCUAAAUCUUGCACCAUCUUGCCGAAUCCCGCAGCCUCCGAGGCUUCGACCCCUGCUACAGCCCCCACGGCCCAGAUGUCGACAGCUUCUUCCCUUUCCAAGGGGAAGGAUAUUCCUUCGACUGCUGCAGUUACAGCAUCUGCUCCAGGAAAACAUGAUUUGCGAGCUGUCAUCUCUUCUCUGGAGGCUUUUGCCUCCCAAUAUAUUUCUCUGGAAGUUGAAAAGGCCCAGCUGCAAAAGGAGGUCAAGUCUUAUUCCUCGAAGUUGGAGGGCGCAAUAAAAAUGGCUGCCGAGGCUCGCCAAGAGGUUGACUCCUUAAAGGAGGAACUCGAGGGGCUGAAGAAGAGGCUGAAGGAUGAAGAAGCAUCCAGGCUAGCUGCCGAAGCUCGGGUGAUCGAGAAGGAUGAUCUUCUUCGCCAAUCUUCCUUGGCCUUGCUCAAGGCUGCUGACAUCCCUACCGAGGCUCUGGACAAGCUCCUGAGUAAUUCUUCGGCAAAUACUCUGUCGAUGACCCUUGCGUCUCACCAGCUUGUUCAGGACCUCUUUCAGAAGGGUAAAGGAGCCAUGGCACGGAUGCACUCGAUGAUCUUCCCCAAGAUCGAUCAAAACAAGACCUUGGGGCAGCUGAUCGACGCUUUUGCUGUCAACACAAAGGAGGUUAUCGAGGAGCUCCUCUUCCAGGAAGGUGAGGUACUUUUGUUGUGCCUCCUCCAAUGUUGCAUAUCCUCGGUAGCUGUUGUUGGAGUAGCCAUUGACCUGAUCUUGACAGACUCUGCUUGA